AUGACAAAGUUUACGCACGUACGUGACUGGCCCCUCCUGGAAUCGGCAUUGUUUGUUCUUAUGUCAUACGCGGCUUUCCUCAUCGCCGAAGUGUGCGAAUUAACAGGUGUUGUAGCGGUACUCUUCUGUGGUAUAUGUCAGGCCCAUUACACAUACAACAACCUGUCCACGGACUCGAGAAAUCGGACAAAACAAUUGUUUGAAUUGCUCAACUUUUUGGCUGAAAACUUCAUAUUUACAUACAUAGGUGUUUCGAUGUUCACUUUCCCGAAGCACCAUUUUGAUCCCUGGUUUAUUGUCGCCGGAUUUUUGACCUCAACUCUUGGCCGAGCAGUAAAUAUCUAUCCGCUAUCAUUUCUAAUGAAUCUCGGACGAAAACCACCAAUACCCAUGAAUUUCCAACACAUGCUCUUCUUUUCUGGGUUGCGCGGCGCUAUGUCUUUCGCGCUAGCAAUCCGCAACACAGUAUCAGAGGCGCGUCAGGCGAUGUUGACGACCACAUCUUUGAUUGUGAUAGCCACGGUGGUGCUGCAAGGAGGCGCAGCGACGCAUGCCCUGGCGUACUUGCGUAUACCCACCGGCCAAGGACAGAACGAAGAGAGCGACACGCUGCCUUACAGGGAUGUGAGAAAUCUGUACCAGGCCACGGACGUGGGCAGCUCGCCAGGUGAUAUUAGUUUGGGGCUAAGAAACGUGGACGUAACAACAUCGAGUGAGCAAGCACCCACUGGCCGCAUGGUAGUUAAAUGGGGAAAAGACGAGAGCGGAGUCAUAAUGCCUUGCCACCUUAACUAUGAGGACGAAAGCCAUCGUGAUAGCGGCGAUAGCGGAACUGAGAAAUCCCGGCUAGCUAAGUUAUGGGGUGCGCUGGACUCUCGUUUGCUGAAGCCUCUGCUUACGCACGCGAGACCACCACUUACGGAGACAUUGCCCGCGUUCUUUAGACCUCUAGCGCGGCUUUUGACUACCACACGCCAGUACACACAAGGAGACAAUAAUGGACUUCGAAGGACCGAUUCAGAUUCGGAUCUGUGUAUUGACGAACCUCAACCAGUUCCUACAAGUAUAGACCCACAGCUAUCUUUUAGCGUUCGGAAUGGAUAUGGGAAUAUAUAA